UCGAACAAGUAUCAUCCACAAUCGCAGACAAGAUGACCAGAGUGUAAACGUUGCACAGCUGUUUCAUAUUGUCGAUCUGGCAGCACUUUAUCUUGUCUUUGUUGUUUUUCUUGCCUGUGCAUUGUUCUUAGUGUAAUUUGUAAUAAAAACUGUAAUUUGUUUAUUAAAAACGACGAGAAUCACGCGAAUAACAACAUGAGCAAACUAUUAACUAUUGUGUAUAAAAUACUGCACGCAAUGUGAAGAUUGUGUUUGACAAAACUGCCAAUUCGAAAAAAUCUCGCAUUUGCAAAGAGGGCGUCAACAAAGAGGAUAGAUAGAGCGAAAAGAAGAAGACAAUUGAACGUUGUUUAUACCGAUUCUAAUUUGUUAGCUGCAGUGUAAUUAAACACCAGGCAAAUUUAACCAUGAGCAACCAUAGAUAUCAUAAUGGCGGCGGUAAUUACAUGCAUCCGCGAAUGUCAUAUCAUCAUACCCAUCACUUUACAUACGUUUCGAGCUGUGUAAAGUAUCUUAUAUUUUUGUUGAAUUUUUUGCUCUGGUUGUUUGGUGGCCUUCUCUUGGCUAUCGGAGUUUAUGCGUUUAUGGAUAAACUAAAGGACGGCAACGGCUGGGUUCGGCUUGAAACUGUUUAUGAUGUGAUUUUCAACAUAUCGCUUGUUAUGAUUAUCACGGGUAUUGUUAUAUUUGUUGUCAGCUUCGCAGGCUGUUUGGGUGCCCUGCGUGAAAACACUUGCUUGUUAAAAUUCUACUCCAUAUGCCUGCUAGUAUUUUUCCUAAUGGAAAUGGCAAUUGCUAUUAUCUGCUUUGUGUUCCCACAAAAUAUGAAUUCGUUCUUGGAAUUCCAGUUCACAGAUAAGAUCAUACAUUCUUAUAGAGACGAUUCGGACUUGCAAAACUUUAUCGACUUUGCACAACAAAAGUUCAAGUGUUGUGGCCUUAGCAAUGCUGGCUACCAGGAUUGGAGCAAAAACGAAUACUUCAACUGCUCCUCUCCGUCGGUGGAGAAAUGUGGUGUGCCCUACAGUUGCUGCAUCAAUGCCACCGACAUAAGCUCGGGACUUGUCAAUAUUAUGUGCGGAUACGGUGUACAGGUGAAUUCUGUAGCUGCUGCCAGUAAGCGAAUUUGGACCAAUGGCUGCAUUGAAAUUGUUCGUGUUUGGGCUGAACGCAACUUGUAUGUAAUUGCUGGCAUUGCCCUGGGCAUUGCGCUGCUUCAGUUGUUUGUUAUUUAUUUGGCCAAGACUUUAGAAGGUCAGAUCGAGAUGCAAAAGUCGCGCUGGUCGUGAGUGCCAUAGUACCCGGUCUUUUACGGGUACCCAUUCGAUGAAUUCUACUACUACGAUACACAAAUGUGAACAAAUUAAGUUGCAGCUGUUGGCUUAGCCGCACUGUUAUCUCUCUCUCUCUCUUUGUCAAACUAAUCUGGUCCGUGCAGUGCUCAAACUUUCAUUCAAUUGACGAAAACUAUCUUAGAGAUCUAUUAUGACUGUUGGUAAUUACAAACUUCUUGCCUUUUCGAAUAAUAUUAUUAUCUACAACCUUUAAACUUUUUAGAACUAUCCAAAGAAUACUCAUAUUAACUUUUCAACUAUUCAGAUUAUGAUAUUACAUUUUAGCGAGCAUAAAGCAUGUUAGUAUCAAGUAUUUUAACGUCUAGACAAUUAUUGAUAAACAAAAAUAACUAAUUGAUGUAUUUGUAUGCAAUAUUAUUGGGUUUUAUCCAUAUGAUCAAAAGACAUUAUGCAUAUAGGUAUUAAGCGAAGUGUAUGCAUUUAAAAUGUUUAUAUUAAAUUAAGCAUAAAACACCAAAAACUGAAGUCAUUAUAUUGUGCGUUCAUUAUAUUUAAUAAAUACUUCCGUACAUGUCUAAUCAUAAACGUCUU